AUGAAUUAUCAAUUUUCAUCCUAUGAAGUUAAAGUAGAAAUUGACUCUCUUCAAGAGCUUAUUGGCAUGAGAAUCGGUAACAUUCACCAAGUAGAUAAAGAUACAUUGACAAUGAAGUUCUGGAAAUUAGGUGUUUCAAGAAUUUUGAUUGUUCAGAACGGUGUCCGCUUCCACAUUACAGAUUUCCCAAGAGAGAAGCCCAAAGUUCCUCCGGAUUUCUGCUGCAGACUUCGUAAAUUGCUCAGAUUUAGAAGAUUGAAUGAUAUUAUUCAGCCACUCAACGAUCGUGCUGUUUACUUCUGCUUUGGCGAUCUCCGCUUGUGCUUUGAGCUCUUCCAAGGUGGUAAUAUCAUCUUAUUCCAAGAAACAGACAAAAUCAUUCAAGCGGUCCUUAAAUAUCACGUAAUUUCCGGCAAGACGAUCAUCGGUGUCAAUCAGCCAUACAACGAUGACCAAUUCAAACCAUAUACAUCGCCAACAGACGAGCAAGUUCACAAUUAUUUCAAAAAUAAUGACAAUUCGAACCAAAAAGUACGUCAAGGCCUUAACAAAGUCUUCCCAUUUACACGCCCAGAGUUCUUCAUCAGCUCUUUGACCGUUGCAGGCAUCAAUCCCGAUGGUCCAUUUGAUAAAUACGAAUAUCAUCCAGAGCAAGUUGAUAUUUUCAUCGCAGAGAUGCGUAAGAUGGAAGCAGUUCUCCUUUCCAAGCCAGAACCACGCCCAGAACGUCCAGAACCCGCAAAUCCAGAAGAUCCAGAAAAUCAAGAGCAAUUUAAAUACCAACAAGUCCCAUUACCACCAAAACCUAAAGGUUACGUCUACACAAAGGGCAAGGAUAAGUUCCUCAGCCCAUUCCCUCUUGCGCAAUACGAUCCAUCUCAAUCUCAAGUCUUUGACACCUUCGACAAGGCCUGUGAUGAAUUCUGGAGCGUCAGAGAGCUCGAGCGCGCCCAGAAAGAGCACAAAGAGAACGAAGCAGCUCCAGAUAAAAAAGUUCAAUCAGUUAAAAAGAACUUUGACAAGAAACGUAAGCAGUUCCAAGACGAAUUAGACCUCCUUAAUCGUACCGGCCACUUAAUUCAGGCCAACGCCACUCAAAUCGAGCAAUGUCGAAAUGUCAUCAACUCAUUCAUCGCAAAUAGAGUUAGAUGGGACGAAAUUCGCAUGUCAAUCAGAGCAUACCAGGAAUGCGGUAACGAAUUAGCUUCUAUGAUUGAUAAAGUCGAUUUUGAAAAAUCCGGAUUUUAUUGUUUGGUCAAUGACGAAGAAGGAAAGACGGAAAGGAUCUUUAUCGAGCUUAAGAAGACCGCCUACGCCAAUGCCUCCGCCUAUUUCGACAAGAGAGCCGUUCUUGUCAAAAAAUUAGAAGGAGCAAACGCAAAGGAAGAAGAAGUCCUGAAGAAAGUCGAAAAAGACGCAAUUGCAGCCAAGAAGAAAGUCACUUCUACCAUCCAGGAAAGAAGAAAAACGUGGUGGUUCGAAAGAUUCCACUGGUUCAUCACUACGGAGAAUUAUUUGGUCAUUUCCGGACGCGACAAAGUCCAGAAUGAAGUUCUCGUGGCCCAUUAUCUCAAGAAAGACGAUAUUUACCUUCAUGCCGAGAUUCACGGUGCUGCAUCUGUCAUUAUAAAGAAUCCAACAUCGAAGCCGGUCUCCCCGAUAUCAUUAGAACAAGCUGCCGAGUUCGCGGUCGCUAGAUCAAGCGCUUGGAAAUCUAAUGAACCUUGCAACUGCUUCUGGGUUCACGCCGACCAAGUAAAGAAGAAUUUGCCAGGCCAACCAACAGCUCCUAAGGGCACUUUUUACAUUGUCGGCGAGAAAAACAUGAUGACGAUGACAAUGCCACAAAUGGGUCUCGGAAUCUUGUUCCACGUCACAGAACAACAUGUUGCUGACCAUGCAAACGAAAGAAAGAUCAGAGUUGACGAAGAUGAAAAACCAGAAUCCGAAAUUCCAAAAGAAGAAGGCGAAACAAAGCCAAAACUCCCACCAAGAGUUGAUUCAGCAGAAAUCGAAGCCGCUCUUCCUUUCCCACAAGAAAAACAAGAAGAUAUCCCGGCAGAACCAGAAAAACCAAAGAAACCAGACAACGAAGAGGAAGAAAACUCAGAAGAUGAAGAGAUCAGCGACGAAGAGCUCAUGAAAAUGGCUCUUACUAAGCCAGAAGAUGCAGAUGUCGCCGCAAGACGUUUAGAACGCAAAGAGAAGCGUAACAGACCUAAACCAGAGAAGAAGAUCGAAGAAGGUGUCCAGGAAAUCAUGCAGGAAGAAGGAAUUCCAAUUGAUUUGGACACAGAAGGAAUUAACGCUUUGACAGGUGAACCAUUACCUACUGAUGAGUUCUUUGCUGCAUACGUCAUGUGCGCUCCUGUUUCUGCACUUUUGAAGUUCAAAUAUAAGGUCAAAUUCGUUCCAGGUGAAACAAAGAAGGGAAAGGCAUGGCCAGUCAUUUCUAACUACUUCCAGUCAAUGAAGGCUCCUUCUGAACAGACACAACUCAUCAAAUUGAUCCCUGACAACUAUGUAACUGAACAGAUGCCUUUCGAUGUCAGAUUGCAACUCGGUGCUGGUGGCCAAGCUUCUCAGAAUAAGAAUAAGAACAAAGGAAAGCAGAAAGGAAAGAAAUAA